CUCUCGAGUCUUUCGCUUUUACAUUUUUGACUCUUGCUCUGACUUCCUGGAAAAUUCCCAUCGCUUUCAACUUCUCUGGGUCUUUGAAUCGUAUAGAGUGCUUAAAAAUGGGAAGAGAAAAGAGUCCUGGCUUGAAGAUCCUCUGGGUCUGGACUCUCGGCACUGCUGCUAUAUUGGUGGCUAGUGUUGUCCGCACAAGGAUGCAUGACAUGGAGUCUAUGAUGAACCAAGAACAAGCACCACCCAAACCAAACCAGCACAUAAAUGCAGCUGAUUCGGAUGUAACAGUUUUGCCUGAGUCAGAUCGGGAAAUUGCCAGAGAACUCAAAUGAAUAACAGUCAUGGUUCUAUGGUUUUUCUUUUUUUGUUUCUUCUCUUCCUUUUUCAUUGGCUUGUGCUCUGUGAAGAUGAUGUUUUAAUGGUUUUUGUACGUGUCUAGUUUGCAUCUAUAACUAGAAUAUUUGAUA